AUGGCAUCCUCAUCAUCAUCCACUCCGCUCCUCUACUCCUGUAUCGCCUACCGUACAACGAUCCUAACCGAGCACACUACCUCCGCAUCCUCCGGUACCUCGUCGCUCGCCUCUCUCAUCCUCCCCAAGAUCGACCACUCGAAACCGCAAAAGCUGACCUACACCCACAACCAAAACUUCAUCCACUACAUUGCCGAUGCUCCCUCGGACUAUCCUUCGUCCGAUCCCACAGCCGGCGGCCUCACAUACUUGGUCGUCGCUUCCUCCAGUUUCGGCCGCCGCAUACCCUUCGGUUAUCUAGUAGAAAUAAAGAAGCAAUUUCUUGCCCGCUAUGAUCCCGAUUCGACGGAUUUUGCCAGCUUACCGCCAUACGGAGCGGCAGAUUUCAAUGCGCAGUUGAAGAAAUUGAUGGUGGCGUAUGGGACUACAGAAGGAGGCAAACAGGAUGCGAUUACAAACACGCAGCAGGAAAUCAACGACGUAAAGGGUAUCAUGACACAGAACAUCGAGAGGGUACUGGAGAGAGGGGAGAGGAUCGACUUGCUGGUCGAUAAGACCGAUAGGCUUGGCGUAGGGGCGCGCGAUUUCAGGGUUAGAUCGAGAGGCUUGAAGAGGAGGAUGUGGUGGAAGAAUGUCAAAUUGAUGGUACUUUUGGGUGUGGUGGUGGUAUUCUUAUUAUAUCUGUUCAUUGGUUUUGGAUGUGGAUUGCCUGGCUGGUCGAGAUGCGUGGGCUCAAAAUCGAAGAACAACUAA